CGAUAACGAGAAAAUGUUUUCACACAUCAAGAGCUUUAAGCACCGCAAGAAUAUUCUUAAAGAAUACAAUUACGAUAUAAUCGACUUAUCGGAGAUUGAUAUGGAGAUCAGUCUUAGGAAUAUUCAAGAGAAACAUGGAAUCAGUUGUAUUAAGACAUGUGAUAGAUAUACGCGGCUUAAAGAAUGUCCAGAACCAGUACCUGAACCCACUCCUACACCUUACCCUAACCCUGAACCUAAACCUAGUCCUACGCCGCAGAUACCAUUGGUUGAGAUUAAGGAUAAUGAUAGCGAUGUGUCGGAAUCUCCGAAAGACAACGCCUUCAUCAGAGAAGAUAUUCUUUUGCCGGACUUCGAGAGUCAUAAAAUCAUCAAAACCUACGAAAGCGACGGCAAAGACAUAUAUUAUUGUUGUUAUUGUGAUCUCUACUACCAUUCAUUCAAAGAUAUCAAACAUCACAUCAGAUUCGAUGCCAUCCAUACAAAAGUAUAG